AUGACGAACCAUUGGCAGAUAGUCCUUGUAUAUUUAUGGAGCAUCGGGCACUUGUGUAUCUUUCAUAUUGCAGCUUUCAACCUGGACACACAGAGUGUACUGAGGAGGAAUGGGGAUCCAGGGAGCCUCUUUGGAUUUUCCAUCGCCUUGCACCAGCAGCUGAGCCCCGUCAGAAAGAAACUAUUACUGGUUGGAGCUCCACGUUCAAAACAUCAGAACCAAGCAAAUGUAACAGGCGUUGUCUACCAGUGUGAACUGACUGCAGCAUCCGAGAGCUGUCAGCCUAUUGAGUUUGACAAUGAUGAGUUUCUUGAUAGUAAAGGCAUAAACAACCAGUGGAUGGGGGUUAGAGUGACAAGCCAGGGUCCCGGUAAAAACAUUAUGGCCUGUGCUCAUCGAUACCAGCAGUGGAGCCCAAGUCCAAGCCUUUAUAUUCCUUACUUGGUGACGGGCCAGUGCUACAUCCUAGGAGAUGACCUGCAUGUUGGAGAUGACCUGCAUGUUGGAGAUGAAAAAAGGAAUUGGAGGAGGGUAGUUUGCGAUGCUGAACAUCUAACGAGACGUCAAAAAGACCAUGAGUGGUUUGCGUACUGCCAACAGGGUCAUGGAGCAUCUUUUGCCAAGGACAACACAUCUCUCAUAUUUGGGGCACCAGGGGCUUAUCGGUGGAAAGGAAUUGUGCGAAUGGAGCCGUUGGACGACCUGGAGGUGACCAGCGCGCAGCCUCGUGAGACUGGAGAUAUUGACCAACUUGACCCAAGACUCAUCCCUCUGCAGAGCAACAGCUACCUAGGAUUCUCCACUGAUUCUGGAAUGGCCCUAACCAGGAAAGGAGAGCUGACCAUUGUAUCAGGAGCACCUCGAGGAGGAUACAGUGGCCAGGUGGCGUUUCUGAAGACAGACCCUCUGGCAGAGAGGAGUUUGUCUGUGGAGCUGGUUCUCUCUGGUCCGGGUCUGGCCUCCUCCUUUGGCUAUGAUGUAGCAGUGGUGGAUCUCAAUGGAGAUGGGUGGGAGGACCUUGCUGUGGGCGCACCUGAGUUCUUUGUCAAAGAAGGUGCAAUCGGAGGAGCGGUCUAUAUCUAUAUCAACAACAAAGGAAAAGACUGGGAGAAGAUUGUGCCUGUCCAGCUUCUUGGACACGUAGACUCCAUGUUUGGCCUUGCAGUGGAAAACAUCGGAGAUGUCAAUCAAGAUGGUUAUGGAGAUAUUGCUGUGGGAGCACCAUAUGAUGACUCUGGUCGAGUAUACCUCUACUACGGCUCAUCAGACGGCAUCCACAAAAAGCCAGCACAGGUACUCUCACCAGGAUCUCAAAAAAUAACUCUGUUUGGAUACUCUCUGUCUGGCAACCUGGAUGUGGAUGACAAUCAGUACCCCGACCUGGCUGUCGGAUCGCUCUCAGAUUCUGUCUUCAUUUACAGGGCAAGGCCAGUGGUCAGUGUGAGCAGAAAUCUCAAACUAUCACCAAAUGCAGUGAACAUAAAGCAGCAGUGUAAUAAACAGACAUGUUCCUUUGCAGCACGGGCAUGCUUUACAUACACAGCACGUCCAGCAUCCUUCAACCCCAAACUGACACUCAAGUAUACCUUUGAAGCUGAUGCUGAGAGGAGAAAAAUGAAGCUUCCUCCCAGAGUGGAGUUCCAGGGCUCGUCUCGAGGAAAGCUGGAGCUGCAAGGGCAGGGGAGUGAAGUCUGCACGAACACCCGGCUCAGGCUUCUGCAUGAUAUCAAGGACAGGCUGCACAGUAUCCCCAUCUCCGUCUCUGUGCUGCUGCUGAACUCCAGUCAAACAACACAGCAGGGCAGUGGUCUGCCCGACGUUCCUCCUGUCCUCAACCUCUACCAACAGGACAACACUCCCACACAGAUUGUCUUAAUAAACCCGGGCUGUGGCAGUGACAACAUUUGCCAGAGUAACUUACAGUUACAAUAUAAGUUCUGUUCCAGACAAGAACAACAUGGUCGGGAUGUUUUCACCUCACUGCACAAAGAGAACGGAGUUACAGUCAUCACCCCUUCUGAUGAAGACAUAGCCUUGGAGAUCAGUGUGAAUAACAGAGGAGGGGAUGACGCACACCAGAGUCACUUAGUCAUCACGCUGCCAGACACCCUGCACUACUCCUCUGUCAUCCACAGUGAAGCAUCAAAAACACAAGUGAGUUGUACCGCCAAUGACAAGGGAACACUGAUAGACUGUGAACUGGGAAACCCGUUCCAAAGGGAUGCUGAAGUCACUUUUUACGUCCUGAUAUCAACAACUCAUAUCUCACUGAGCACAACAGAUGUUAAUGUUACUCUACAACUUGAAACGACAAGCGUGCAGACAAUACAACCAGUUGAGGCGGUCGCCAAAGUGGUUUUUGACCUAGAGCUGCAGGUGUUUGGGCUGGCCUCGCCCUCCCAGGUGUCUUUUGGGGAAGAUAAGAGGGGUGAGAGUGCCAUAAAGUCACAGGAUGAAAUUGGAACCCUGGUUCAGCAUGAAUUUAGGAUAACUAAUUUGGGCAGGUCACUGAGCUCUUUUGCCAAUGCGUCACUUAACAUCUUGUGGCCUAAGGAGACGUCUACAGGGAAAUGGCUGCUGUACUUGGCUCAGAUCACCACUAAGGGCGUACAGUCUGCUCCCUGCUCACCAGUGCAAGAGAUUAAUCCAAUGAAACAUGUAAAGGGUUGGGAAAAUACAGCAAGGAAAAGACGCGAAGCUGAACUGGAAGCCUUCUCAACCGAUGGCUUCACUUUCUUCCCAAAAAAGAGGAAAUACAAAACCCUGACCUGCUCAGAUGGAGUGAAGUGUGUGGAGAUACGCUGCCCCCUCCUGGGCCUGGACAGCACUGCAGUGGUCCUUCUGCGGUCACGCCUCUGGCACAGUACCCUCUCAGAGGAUUACAGCUCUUUGAACUACCUGGACAUUGUUGUGGAUGCCACUCUUAGCCUAAUGGACUCUCCAGAGAAUAUUGGACUUAAACCAGAGAACCCAGGGACCAAGGUGAAGCUGACAGUAUUCCCUGAGAGAAAGGCUGAAUACUUCACCAAAGUUGCUUGGUGGAUAAUCCUCCUGACAGUCUUGGCUGGACUCCUGUUAUUGACUGCACUUGGCUUCUUGUUAUGGAAGUGUGGAUGCAUCACAUGUCCCAUGCAUAACAAGAGAUCCUCGCAUCACGCUGAUGAACAUACAAAGUCGCUCCUCACCUGA